AUGAAAUCAAGGCCCACCUACGAGCCUCCCAAAACCGGUAUCCUCGGCCUCCUACCACCAUCAUGGGUCCCUUAUGCAGAGCUCAUAAGACUCGACAAGCCUGCCGGCACUUAUUACCUCUUCUUCCCAUGCCUCUUCUCAACGCUCAUGGCAGCCCCUCUGGCAGCCCCCAUGGCCUCACCAGGAUCGGUGAUCGGGACAUCAGCGCUGUUCUUCGCUGGCGCGCUGAUCAUGCGUGGCGCAGGCUGCACUAUCAACGACCUCUGGGACCGCAACCUUGACCCGCAUGUCACCCGGACACGGCUGCGGCCCAUCGCCAGGGGCGCCGUCACGCCGUUUCAGGGGCUGGUGUUCACGGGCGGGCAGCUCCUCGCGGGGCUGGCCAUACUGCUCCAGUUCCCGCUCGAGUGCUUCUUCUACGCCACGCCGAGCUUGCUCUUCGUGGCCUCGUACCCGUUGGCCAAGAGGGUGACGUAUUAUCCGCAGUUCGUGCUCGGACUCACCUUCUCAUGGGGCGCGAUCGUGGGGUUCCCAGCACUCGGCGUCGAUCUUCUCUCGAACACGCCGGCGCUGACGGCUGCUGCUCUCCUCUACUCUUCGAACGUGGCGUGGACGGUCUUGUAUGACGCCAUCUAUGCGCAUAUGGAUGCCAAGGACGAUGUCAAGGCAGGCAUCAAGAGCGUUGCUCUCGCGCACGACCAGUCGAAACGAUUCCUCGCGGGCCUGGGUGCCGUGCAGAUCGGCCUCCUUGCUGCUUCUGGACUCGCUGCUGGCGCUGGCCCGGCAUUCUUCAUUGGCAGCUGCGGUGGCGCUGCUUUCACGCUGGGAUACAUGAUCAAAAAGGUCAAUCUCAAAGACGUCAAGGACUGCUGGUGGUGGUUUGUAAAUGGAUGCUGGAUAACUGGUGGGGUCAUCAGUGCUGGACUAGCCGUAGACUAUGCUCUCAGGUACAUCUCUGAAGAUGAGGCUGAGGAAACCCAGAACAAGCUAUAG